UCUCUCUCUCUCUCUCUCUCGCUCCUUUUCUUUUUCUCUUAAUCUCGUUUUCGUCUAUCACCCAUUGCGGGAACAAUCUCGCGUCACUUUAAGAAACAUGUCAGAAUUUAGUUUCUUCACGAUCAUGGAUUUCGAAUACGCCUAUAAUCACAGUUCAGCAAACGCAAUUCAUCUACCAUCAAUGACGCCAUCAUUUCAACCCACCCAUCAUACGAAUAUUGAUGAAAUGUCAUACGAAUUGAAUAUCCCGUACACGAUAUUUGAAAUAUUAGUAGCGAUCUGCGCCAUUGUUGGCAAUCUUAUGGUUAUUAUUGUCUUUCAACGGGAACGCAAACUGAGACGUCGUACCAACUACUACAUUGUUUCUUUGGCUAUGGCUGAUUUCCUGGUCGGCUCGUUGGGCGUACCAUUUGCUAUUUUGGCUUCGAUAGGUCUACCGACAAAUUUAUACGCCUGCCUAUUUACGGUAUCACUGCUGGUGGUCCUAUGUACUAUAUCAAUAUUUUGUUUGGUAGCGGUGUCAGUUGAUCGAUACUGGGCCAUCCUAUAUCCAAUGGCAUAUUCACGGAAUGUACGCACAAGAACGGCAAUUGUGAUUAUCUCGAUGUGUUGGUUUGCGGGCACUGUGGUCGGUUUCUUGCCGCUUUUCGGCUGGCAUGCCGUUCAAGAUGAACAAAACCAUGCUUGCUUGUUUGUGGAAGUAAUGGACUAUAACUAUUUGGUGUUUUUAUAUGUCGCGACCAUAAUAACGCCGGCUUUACUAAUGUUGGCCUUUUACGCUCACAUCUAUAAAGUGAUUAUCAAACAGGUGCGACAAAUUGUCACUAUGAAUCCAAAAAGUGUUAACAAUCGCGGCUCUUCUACAAUUCCGGAUCAAAAACAAAAGCAGCCCUCACGUUCGUGUCAUGGCGGCACUAUGUUACGUGUCCUGGGCGCAGCACGUAAACGUGAUGUUAAAGCUACGCAAAAUCUUUCAAUUAUAGUUUUAUUCUUUAUGAUCUGUUGGAUACCCUUAUAUACUAUCAAUUGCAUUAAAGCUUUCUGCCCGAAUUGCGAUGUUCAUCCCAAGUUAACUUUAUUCUGCAUUAUAUUAUCCCAUUUGAAUUCGGCCGUUAAUCCUGUACUCUAUGCUUAUCAUUUGAAGGAUUUCCGUUUGGCAUUGAAAAAUCUAAUAUUAAAAAUACUAGGCAUAGAAGUUGAACAACCCAUGGAUACAAUACAUCGCUAUUCGUUGGCCAGUCAGCAUAGGUUGCAAUCGUUAGAUGUUAGUGGCCGUAAUACCCAGACCCGAAUUUAUAUAGACUCGCCUGUGUGGUUGCGACAGCAACAAGAACAAGCUUUAAAAAAUUCACAAUUGGUUAAAAGAAUGACACCCUGUCUUAAUAAUAUAUCACAACAAACGGUAGCAGUGGCCGUGGCUUCGGUUACCUCAGAUAUAGAAAAACAAAUGUGGAAUAUUAUGGAAGUGUCAAGCAAUGCCGAAAUCAAUGACACCGACUUGCCGUCAACUCCUAAAGGUCAUCGUGUAAAUGCCAGCAUAAGUGCAGGCUGCAACAGUCACUAUUCAUAUGAGAAUCACAAUUUCAGCUCCAGUGCCGACGAUUCAGAAUUUGAAGAAGUUUUCUUACCCCAAAGCCAUGACGCUAAACAAUUUACUCAGGCCAUACAUUCUCAUAGCGAUUACGAGAUAAUUAAUAAAAAUAAUCGACAAAACUCGUGCACUAAAAUUCAAUAUGUUACACCGCCUCUAACACCUAAACAGAUACAGCAAGUGCAUGAAAAUCGUGCGAAUCCUAUACAAAACUCAUUUGCUUCAUCAUCAUCAUCUUCGUCGAAUGGUUAUUCCUCAAUAUUCAUAAUUGAUUCCGAUUGUAAACCGAUUUCUCCCGGUCAUAAGCCAAAAUUCAAGGCAUCCUCGAAAUCGUUUAACAAAUCAAUUAACUUGAACUCGAAAAAAUCUCUAAGGCAUUCAUGUUCCUGGACAAGUGAUAACUCUUGUACCGCAUCCAAAGACGCACUACAAAUUGCCGUACCUAAUUACAAAUCAACGGACGUAUCGCCACCACCGCCACCACCACUUUCUUCGCAUUCGAAUAGCAGUCGUAGUUCAUUAAGUGCUGUUUUAGGUUUUAGUAGCAAUCCAAGUCCUUCGCUGAGCACCGAACUUUCUUUAAUUUGCAAUAGUCAUCAUGUAAAUCAAACAAACAAUAACAACAAUAGUAACAGCAAUAGCAAUAGCAAAAAUAAUAAUAACAACGGCAGCACUAAUAAUAGCAGUAAUCAUAACCUCAAUUAUUAUACAUUUCAUUAUCCACAAAGCUCGACAAAAUUUAGUCCGUUCAAAGCGAUUAACAAUUUGUUAUUGCCACCGAUUGUCCGGCAUUCUAGUCUAUUUCAAUUGUUUCAUAAUUCGAAUGGCCAUCUAAACGAGACGUCAUCCUCCAAUUCAAAUAAUUCAACAUCAACAACAAUUGCCGCCCAAUCAAUGACUGAUAGCAGUAACAAAAGUCAAUCGGAAACGAAUCAUAUCAUUGAUUCCAUAUCCGCUAUAAAUGCCGAUCUAAUUGAAUCAUCCACUGCUAUGCAAAUCCAUUCAAUCGAUAGUCAAAUUGUAAAAUAAU